GUCCGGGGCCCGCACUUGACCGCUACAUUCACGGUCCGGGGCCACCGCCGACGCCGAACGACCUGAAAUAAUUCCCUCAAUAUCUCUCGCCAAGUCUCCGCGCGGGGCCAUUCGCUGUCCGCCUUCAUCUUUGAGAUGGCGUGUGCGGUGGCCACCCCAUUGCUGGAACCGAGUGGGGACUUUCCAGCGUGGCUGAAGGCGCAGGGCGUAAACGCAGAGGUGGCCCGAGCCAUAGACUCGGAGCUGGGCAUCCGGGACUACGGGGUCCUGCGUGCCUGCGUCGGGGAUGGCCUCGUGCGGGCUGAGCUACUGGCCACGGCGCGUGACCGCCUUCCCUUCGGCUUCUACGCCGUGCUGCGGCAGGUGGUGAAGGCCCUGCAGGGCUCAGAGCAACAUGAUGAGACGCGCUGGGACACCGCCGCCUCUCCUGGCGAUGUGACGCUGGGAGGCCUCGUGGACGUGCUGUUUGCGCUGUUCAGCGGCCUGAGCCGGGAGCUGCUGCUGUCUGUGCAGAGGCUGGGAGGUGGUGGUGGUGGUGGUUGGGAUGGUGGUGGUUGUGGGGAUGGGCAAGUUGAAGAGGAUCCAGUUCAGGCUUGGCAUGAAAUUAAAACUGAACAUGAAGACUCAGAUGAAGGAAUCACUCAAGUGUCGGAGCAACGCGGGGUGAGACCCGGUCUCUCCAGAUCUGAGAUGGAAGCGCUGACAGCAGGAAUUCCUGCCCAUAAACAGUUCGCUUCUGAGAAUGCAGGAGGAGGGAUCUCGGAGCUGAGCAUCCAGGACAUGGCAGCCCUGCACGUGCAAAACUCUCACCUCCCAUACGACGAUGACAACGAGGAUGACGUGGCCACGGCCAUAAUGCAGCAGCAGCAGCAGCAGCAACAGCAUGGCUCCCAACCCCGGGCGAAGAUGCCGAUGCGAGAGAAGGUCCGGCCCCACAAGUGCCCGCACUGCGAAAGCCGCUUCUUCAAGACGGACGACCUGAAGCGGCACCUGCGCACGCACACGGGCGAGCGGCCGUACUGCUGCGAGGUGUGCGGGCGCGCGUUCUCUCAGCACUGCAACCUGAAGAAGCACUGGAUCACGCACACGGGCGAGCGUCCCUUCCGCUGCGACGUGUGCGGACGCGCCUUCGCACACUACUCCAACAUGAAGGCACACUGGCGCACGCACACCGGAGAGAAGCCCUACACCUGCGAAGUGUGCGGCCACACCUUCUCGCAUUUCGGCAACAUGAAGAUGCACCAGCGCAUGCACCACGGAGAGCAGACAGGAGAUUUGGCCAAUGUGGGGAAGGGAGAUUGGGUUUCAGGAUCGGUGUUGUCCUGAGAUUUUGACUCCCGUAAAAGGUUUACGAUCGGUGUCUUGAGACCCAUGUUCAGAAGGCUGGUUUUCAAAAUUGGCUCCAGGAUAUGCUGUUAUAGUAUUGGUGUUUUUAGACUAUUUUGAGAAAAAUAGACCAGUUUUUAGUAUCUGAAACUUGCACCUUAGCUCCAGGGGAAGUGGUUUCAGGAUCUUGUGUUUUGAGACUUGGCUCUAGGACUCAGUUUCUGGGUUCAUGUUUGGAGACUUAUCUUCAGGAGACCUGGUUUUAAUAAUGGUUUCUCAAAUACGACUUGGUUCAUGGAACCAGGUUUAAUAAUCAGUGUUUUGCCAUGUUCAGGGGAGUAGGGUUUGAUUUUGGAUUCGAGACAUUAUUUGGCACUAUAAUGUGCGCUUGUUUCUCAUCAGUAGUAACUAUACCUGUACCCAGGUCACUCUUGCAAAUGAGACUAUCCUUAUCUCUUACAUUCUCAUCUGGCUAAUGGAAAUAAAGUAUCCAACUUGAAACUGUAGCUUCCCAACCCAGUUGCUUAAUUACAAAUACACUAUUAGUUCCACUGAGGACAAGUCCUAGAGUUAAUUCCCUACCCUUUUCUCACCUACACACUUCAGUCAUUGAAGCUCACAGAGUUCUAACAGAAUUCUUGAGAUGACUGGCUCUGAAAAAUAAUAUAAGGUGAAUCUGACUCCAUUAUAAUACAGUCACCAUCAUCAUCACAUUGGUGAGGGCUUAGGCCAUGAAUAGCUUGUGAGCUGACAAGUGCUUAAAGAUAAAAGGGCGUGCUAAUGAAGGUACUAUGCUGUUCAUAUCGUGAUUUGGCUGAUUGGCAUCUUGGCAGCGCAAUAUAGUUCGUAUCUCCGCGUUAAACUCGACCCAUCACUCAGGGAUCAAUAAAAAUGUACUACCACUGUGGGAAGUCACUAGUGGCUGUACCAAGGGAUAACUGGACCUUGUAAUAGAAAUGGGGAAUAUCCGCCACUGGCUAAGAGACCCGCAACUGAGAUGUGCACACUCCAGUUCUUGAGUAUGGGAACACACUUUGUUUUGAAUUAUAUCUUACAUUAGAAAUUUGUGAUAUUUUUUUGGGAUCCAUUAAAAAUAGGAUUCAUGGAUGAGGGUUUUGUGUGUAAGAGGAUCAUAUAUAGGAAGGGUUUUCCCUUCGUAUAUUAUACAGUACAAGUAUCACUUUAUAUCAGCUUUACUGUUACACUCCAUAGGAGGCCAAUUACUUGUUUCACUGAUGAUCGGGAGUGUUCAGUAUGCAUUUAGUACAAUAAUUAAUGCAACUGAUGAUGAUAAACUGACCUUGUCAUAAGAGUAAAACCAAUCAAACUCCGUGUUAUAAUUUUGGAAGCCCAAAUUCAAACAUUUUGGUUUUCAAUAAUUUCUUGUGAUAAGCAGACUCAACUAUGUGCCAACUAAAUGUUUUCUAGCCCACCUACAAUAUACAGAUUUACAUCAGUAACCGCCGUCUUAAUGUAUUAGAUAUCCACAUGUACUCAAACUCGAGUAGUUAUGUUGGAAUUGGUGUAGACAAAACACCUCACCAACAUUAACACUGCCGAAAUACAAAACAACACGUCAGAGGCUAAUGUUUUGGGCAAUUGUUCUGCCAUGUACCAUAGUGGCAAAAGGUAUUAAAAAAAUAUCCUUUCCAGGAAAUGUCUCAGUGCCUACUUACGAAAGAUAGCAAAUUCACAAAAUUUGCACAUUUCAACAAUGUUUCUCCGUGCCAUUUAUUGCAUGCACUUUUUGUUUUAUGCUGAUGCACUCUUUGAAUUCUACUCCUUGUGAAUGUCUGUCAGCUGUAUUUGCGUCCUGAUGGGCCUAUUUGUGCAAUGGUGGUUUGUGCAAUGGCUGUGAAUAAAAAGUACUG